AUGAUGAACAAAUUGAAAAAGCUAAAGAGCGGUAAGCGUGGUUGUUUUCUUCAUCAGCCUAUACUCACCACCACUGCUGUUGAUGAACGCCACUUGCUUCAAACCGUGAAUGAUUCGUUAAAAGCUAUGAGAUCUGAGGGCGUUUUGAUAGAUCUCACUCUAUACAACUACCCAUUCGGGGAUUUAGCCUUAAACGUGGCAUUUGAUGUUAAGUUGGCCCAAGAUCUGCUAAUGUCCGUGACUAUGUGGGUUCCUGGUAUCGUUAAGUUGGAUUGUAGGGGAAUGAUGAUAUAUGCACUGGGCUCUGAGCAGUUUGUAACUGCGAUUAUUGAUGGAAAUGCAGCCUAG